UUAAAGCCAGUCAGUUGCCGUGCAACACUGUGUAAAUAACAGAGACUUUACCAGGGUGGUGAAACUUGUACUGUUUAUUUUAUUCAGGUACUUCGCAUUGGAAAAACAGAGGGCAGAGUCAAGUCAAGCGUGCCUCCAACCCCACAGUAGCAUGAACGGUGGUGAAGCUAAGCCCAUUUUGAUAGAUCAGGAGAUACUGCAGAAGGCAGUGGUGGAGCAGGCUCCUCAAUAUCAGGCUGGGAGUAUUGCCAAAUCGGUGGGAAUACACUUCAAUGAAGUCCUCAAAUUACGACUGGAAUACAGAAAUAUCCUGAGGAUUGACCAGUUAUGGGACUUCACAUCCUUGGCCAGACUUGAUUUGAACUCUAACCUCAUAGAGAGGAUUGAAGGCCUGGAUCAUCUGACUAAUUUGACAUGGCUUAAUCUGUCAUUCAACAAAAUAAAGAAAAUUGAGGGACUGGACUCUCUAGGGAAGCUUGAAUUGCUGAAUUUGUCCAACAACAGGAUCUCUGUCAUUGAAAACAUGGAUAAACUUGAGAAACUCACUAAUUUCUGCAUUGCAAACAACCUCCUCACACAGUGGGACAAUGUGCUCUAUCUCAGAAAAUUUAAGAACCUGUUCACCCUCAAUUUAUUCGGCAAUCCCGUCUCCGAGAAGGAUGAUUACAGACUUUCUAUAGUUGCCUACUUCCCAAACUUGACGUGCCUCGACUACAGAGUACUUAAAGAGGAGACCAAAAACGAAGCUUCUAUCAAAUACUGCCAUAUCAUUGAGGAAAUGAGACGUAAGGAGCUGCAGAAGCAACAGGCCGAUGAUGCAGAGCAAAGCCAGAGAGCUGCACUCCAGUUACACACAGACGCCUUUGUGGAGUUCCUCAAUGGGUCUCAUCUGUUUGAGAGCAUGUUCAAAAAUGAUCCAGAGGCAGAGACACUACACUGUGUGACAGGAGUGGCUGAUCUGCUUCAAACAUUUGAGCACGAAAUGGUGGAAUUGUGCAUGCAGUUAUUCGAAAUAGGCCUGGCUGAGCAUAAACGAAGAGAGACAGAGGUGAACUCUUUCUGCAGUGGUCAGAGCAAGGCUGUGACAGACCACCAGCAGAGAGCAUCACAGAUGUUGGCAAACUUUGAGCAGCGACACAAAGAGAGGAUGGUGGAGUUGCAGCAGUUAUCAGACCCAGAGGAAAUGAAGGUCAACAUCAGUCAGUACAACGAUGACAUCAACCAGCUCUGUAACAGCCUCAUGUCACUGGAGUUUCAGCUGAUCAGCCAGCUGGAGGAUAUUGUCAAAAAGUUGGACAGCAACAUCUCAGACAUGGUUGGCAACUUCAGUGAAACUGUUCAAGGGAUAUUUGCCCAAUGUCGAGAUCUGGAGGAUAAUUAUCAUCAGAAGGUGCGAGAGAUUGCUGUUGCAACUUUGGACAAAGUGGCCAAGGACAACCUGGACGAAGACAUGACAGAUGAUAUUAUAACACUGUUUACAGACAAAGACACUGUGAUGGAUGUGCUGGCCACCAGCCACGACAACCACCUGCUGAAGAUCAAUGACCGAGAGACUCAGCUGGUUACACGUGUCAAUGCCUGGAAAGUGGCCCUCAUUAAAGGGAUUCAAGACGAAGAACUUAAGCGGAGCCGCAUGCGCAUCGCAGACAUCCACAGAUAUGUGGACCAUGUGAGGGAGCAGCUGGAGGAGUUGCAGUAGCAAGAUCCGUUGAGACAACAAACAUUUAUUUCAUUUGUAUGUUUCAUUUGAAUAAAUGGAAUGGGACAUUUACAAUUAUUGUAACACGUCUCACUGUGAACAUGUAAAUAUAUCCAUCAGUUGUUAUGUGUUCCAUAACCAAGAACAAAUGCUGCCUGUUUUGAGGCAUGAAAGAAAAUAUGAGAAUUAAUUAUACUGUGUCAAUGUCUUUCCUUGUUCACCAGCCAAAUCAAUAAAUAUCUAUGAGUUUA